ACACCGUAGCUCAACAGCUCCAGCUGUCAUUUCUCCUCCAACACUCUGUCGCGGUGGUUCGUCUUCUCCGUCAGCAUGGGUUUACUCACGGGACUCUGCGCUUUCUUGUAUCACUUACCUCAGAUUUACAAAUGGCUGCUCAAGCCGUACUAUAUCACGUCCUUCCUCUUGACCAUCUCAUUCGUGGUGGUGCGAAAGACUCCAGGUCUUUGCGAGCACCUGGUGACCCAGCGCGAGGACGGCAACUCCUGUGACUUUGACUGGAGAGAGCUGGAGAUCCUCAUGUUUCUCAGUGCAAUAGUGAUGAUGAAGAACAGGAGAGCUAUCACAGUGGAGCAGCACAUUGGGAACUUGUUAAUGUUCAGCAAAGUGGCCAACUGUAUCCUCUUCUUCAGGAUGGACAUUCGGUUUGGCAUCCUCUACCUUGCACUGUGCCUCGCAUUUGUCAUGACCUGUCAGCCACCUCUCUACAUGGGCCCAGAGUACAUCAAGUACUUCAGUGACAAGACCAUCGACGAGGAGCUGCAGCGGGACAGUCGUGUCACAUGGCUCGUUGAAUUCUACGCCAACUGGUCCUCUGAUUGUCAGUCGUUUGCUCCCAUCUUUGCAAACCUUUCUCUCAACUACAACUGUGCUGGACUCCGCUUUGGGAAGAUAGACAUUGGUCGCUAUGAAGAGGUUUCAAAGAAGUACAGGGUUAGUACUUCUCCUCUGGCCAAGCAGCUACCUUCAGUUCUGCUUUUUCAAGGAGGACGGGAAGUUAUGAGGCGUCCAAUGGUGGACAGCAAAGGUAGAGCUGUAUCUUGGACCAUGAACGAGGAGAACAUCAUCCGAGAGUUUAACCUCAACGAGCUCUUCCAGAAAUCCAAGAAGCUGAACAAAAGCCAUGGUUCGAAGGAAGAGGAGCAGAAUGGCUCUCAGCCACAAGAGGGUGGCGAGGAGCUUCCUCCUGACACCGACAAUAUGGAGCAGCCAAAAGAGAGCAAGAAAGACCAGUGAAGAGGAGAGGGGCUGCAUCAAGUCUUUGCUUUGCUCUUAACAUUUCUGUUACUUUCCUUAUUGUAACAGCCAAAUAUUUUUAGUUUAAGGGAAGAAAACAGGCUCCACUACCACAAGAAAUAGUCUCUACACUGUAAGUCUUUAUUGUGGGGAAAUACCCAUAACCGCUGAUCUUAUUUAAACGAUCUGUGUGUGAUGCAGAUUGAAGCAGCAGCGAUUUUGGAGCAUUUUAUUACACUAAGUUAUUGACGAACAAAAAAAGAUUUUUGCUAAUUUUUUUUCCACUUUUGUCAACGUGUCAUUGGUUCUUUUGCUGCCUGUAUUUAUUGACUGGUUUGUGUACUUUUGUGUCAGAAAAGCCAAAGUAAAAGCUUGAGGUGAAACAAA